GCGCGGCGCGGGGCCGCCAUCUCGGGCGGGCGGCGCGGGGCCCGGUGCGGCGCCAUGGCCCUCCCCAUGGCGCCCCUGGAGACGCAGCUGCAGAGCAUCUUCGAGGAGGUGGUGAAAACAGAAGUAAUUGAAGAAGCUUUUCCUGGGAUGUUUAUGGACACUCCUGAAGAUGAAAGAACCAAACUGAUCAGCUGCCUGGGUGCUUUUAGACAGUUCUGGAGCAGCCUUUCCCAGGAAUCCCAUGAACAGUGUGUCCAGUGGAUUGUAAGAUUCAUUCAUAGCCAGCAUAGUCCUAAAAGAAUUUCUUUUCUUUACGACUGUUUAGCAAUGGCUGUAGAAACUGGACUUUUGCCACCCAGGAUGGUUUGUGAAUCUCUGAUAAACUCUGAUACUCUUGAAUGGGAAAGGACACAGCUGUGGGCAUUAACAUUUAAAUUGGUGCGGAAGAUUAUUGGAGGUGUAGACUACAAGGGUGUGCGUGAUCUGUUGAAAGUGAUCCUAGAGAAAAUCUUAACAAUUCCAAACACUGUGAGUUCAGCUGUUGUACAGCAACUUUUAGCAGCAAGAGAGGUGGUAGCCUACAUUUUGGAAAGAAAUGCAUGUUUGUUACCUGCCUACUUUGCCGUUACAGAAAUCAGAAAACUAUAUCCGGAAGGAAAACUUCCCCAUUGGUUACUAGGUAACUUAGUAUCGGAUUUUGUGGAUACCUUCAGACCUACAGCAAGAAUAAAUUCUAUUUGUGGUCGCUGUAGUCUUCUUCCUGUGGUAAAUAACUCAGGUGCCAUGUGUAACUCAUGGAAGCUGGAUCCUACAACCCUUCGUUUCCCUUUGAAAGGUCUCUUGCCCUAUGAUAAGGAUCUGUUUGAGCCACAGACUGCCCUGUUGAGAUAUGUGCUGGAACAGCCUUAUUCAAGGGAUAUGGUCUGCAAUAUGCUAGGUCUGAAUAAGCAGACCUUGAACAUUGCUCAGCACAAGCAGCGCUGCCCUGUGCUGGAGGACCAGCUGGUGGAUCUUGUGGUGUAUGCCAUGGAACGGUCUGAGACUGAAGAGAAGUUUGAUGAUGGUGGAACCAGUCAGCUUCUGUGGCAGCAUCUGUCCAGCCAGCUCAUUUUCUUUGUGCUCUUUCAGUUUGCAAGCUUUCCUCAUAUGGUCCUGUCACUCCAUCAAAAGUGUUUGUCAGUUACUGAGUGUUUUUGGCAGUUGGCAGGCCGUGGUCUCAUUAAAGGAAGAGACCAUCUGAUGUGGGUGCUACUCCAAUUCAUCUCUGGCAGCAUCCAGAAGAAUGCGCUGGCUGACUUCCUCCCAGUUAUGAAGCUUUUUGACCUCCUGUAUCCUGAGAAAGAAUGUAUUCCUGUGCCUGAUAUUAACAAACCCCAGUCAACUCAUGCGUUUGCCAUGACCUGUAUUUGGAUUCAUCUGAAUCGGAAGGCCCAUAGUGACAACUCCAAGUUACAGAUUCCCAUUCCUCAUUCUCUUAAACUUCACCACGAGUUUUUGCAACAGAGUUUAAGAAAUAAAAGUUUACAAAUGAAUGACUACAAGAUUGCCUUGUUGUGCAAUGCUUAUUCGACCAAUUCAGAGUGUUUCACUUUGCCAAUGGGUGUACUAGUUGAGACUAUUUAUGGAAAUGGCAACAUGAGGAUACCUCUUCCAGGGACUAAUUGCAUGGCAUCGGGGUCUAUUACCCCAUUGCCAAUGAAUCUCUUGGACUCACUCACAGUUCAUGCCAAAAUGAGUCUGAUCCAUAGCAUAGCUACCAGGGUAAUUAAGUUGGCUCAUGCAAAAUCUAGUGUGGCCUUGGCUCCUGCUCUUGUGGAAACCUAUAGUCGCCUGUUGGUUUAUAUGGAAAUUGAGUCCUUGGGCAUCAAAGGCUUUAUCAGUCAGCUCCUGCCAACAGUGUUCAAGUCUCACGCAUGGGGAAUUUUACACACACUGCUAGAAAUGUUUAGCUAUCGGAUGCAUCACAUCCAGCCUCAUUACAGAGUCCAGCUUCUCAGCCAUCUUCAUUCCUUGGCUGCUGUGCCACAGACUAGUCAGAAUCAGCUUCAUCUCUGUGUCGAGAGUACUGCUCUAAGGCUAAUCACAGCUCUGGGCAGCUCAGAAGUCCAGCCACAGUUUACACGAUUCCUCAGUGAUCCCAAAACAGUUCUUUCAGCAGAAUCCGAAGAACUGAACAGGGCUUUGAUCUUAACUCUAGCAAGGGCAACACAUGUGACAGACUUUUUCACAGGCUCUGAUUCAAUUCAGGGAACUUGGUGCAAGGAUAUAUUGCAGACUAUCAUGAGUUUUACUCCACAUAACUGGGCAUCACAUACACUAAGCUGUUUUCCGGCUCCUCUGCAGGUGUUCUUCAAGCAGAAUAACGUGCCUCAGGAAAGCCGUUUUAACCUGAAGAAGAAUGUGGAAGAGGAAUACCGGAAGUGGAAGUCCAUGACCAAUGAGAAUGAUAUCAUCACACACUUUUCUAUACAAGGUUCACCCCCACUUUUCCUUUGUCUCCUAUGGAAGAUGUUGUUAGAGACUGAUCACAUUAAUCAAAUUGGCUACAGAGUGUUAGAAAGAAUUGGGGCCAGAGCUCUGGUGGCACACGUCAGGACAUUUGCAGAUUUCUUGGUGUAUGAAUUCUCUACCUCUGCAGGAGGGCAGCAGCUCAAUAAAUGUAUUGAGAUUCUCAAUGACAUGGUGUGGAAAUACAACAUUGUAACACUGGAUAGGUUGAUACUGUGUUUGGCUAUGCGUAGUCAUGAAGGAAAUGAAGCUCAAGUCUGUUACUUCAUAAUUCAGUUACUCCUACUGAAGCCUAACGAUUUCAGAAACAGAGUGAGUGAUUUUGUGAAGGAAAAUUCUCCAGAGCACUGGCUGCAGAAUGACUGGCAUACUAAGCAUAUGAAUUAUCACAAGAAAUACCCGGAAAAGCUGUAUUUUGAAGGCUUGGCAGAGCAAGUCAAUCCCCCAGUUCAGAUCCAGCCCCAGUACCUACCAAUUUAUUUUGGAAAUGUAUGCCUGCGCUUUUUGCCGGUGUUUGACAUAGUAAUCCAUAGAUUUCUGGAAUUGCUUCCGGUGUCCAAAUCACUAGAAACUUUACUGGAUCAUCUGGGAGGUUUAUAUAAAUUCCAUGACCGUCCAGUGACAUAUUUGUACAACACUCUUCACUAUUAUGAGACGCAGCUCAGAGAGCGCACGAACCUCAAGAGGAAACUUGUUCAUGCCAUAAUUGGCUCUCUCAAAGAUAAUCGCCCACUAGGCUGGUGUCUAAGUGAUACUUAUCUCAAAUGUGCUAUGAAUCCCCGAGAAGAAAAUCCAUGGGUUCCUGAUGACACUUACUACUGCAAGCUCAUUGGAAGACUAGUAGACACUAUGGCAGGCAAAUCACCUGGUCCAUUUCCAAACUGUGACUGGAGAUUCAAUGAGUUUCCUAAUCCGGCUGCCCAUGCUCUCCAUGUUACCUGUGUUGAGCUCAUGGCUCUGGCUGUUUCAGGGAAGGAUGUGGGCAAUGCACUACUGAAUGUUGUGCUGAAGAGUCAGCCCCUGGUGCCAAGAGAGAAUAUCACAGCUUGGAUGAAUGCCAUUGGGCUGAUUAUCACAGCCCUACCGGAGCCGUACUGGAUUGUUCUCCAUGAUCGCAUUGUGAGUGUUAUCAACAGUCCUAGCUUGACAUCAGAGACAGAGUGGGUUGGUUACCCAUUCCAGCUGUUUGACUUCACAGCAUGUCACCAGUCUUAUUCUGAGAUGAGCUGUAGCUACACUCUGGCUCUGGCACAUGCUGUCUGGCAUCAUUCUAGCAUUGGACAACUUUCUCUCAUUCCUAAGUUCCUCACAGAAGUAUUGAUACCCAUUGUGAAAACAGAGUUCCAGUUACUCUAUGUUUAUCACCUUGUUGGUCCUUUUCUACAACGGUUCCAGCAGGAGAGGACACGAUGCAUGAUAGAGAUUGGAGUGGCUUUCUAUGAAAUGCUCCUGAAUGCAGACCGGUACAGCUCACACCUGAACUACAUGGAUCCUAUAUGUGACUUCUUGUAUCAUAUGAAGUAUAUGUUCACAGGUGACAGUGUGAAAGACCAAGUUGAGAAGAUAAUUUGUAAUUUAAGACCAGCUUUGAAACUUCGGUUACGCUUCAUAACACACAUCAGCAAAAUGGAACCAGCUGCUGUUGCCCAACAGCCUCUCAAUAAUGGGUCACCAGCACAACAGCCAAGUCAAGUGCCUGUUAAUGUUCCUUUGCCAGUAACACAGUGACAUGAAGUGUUUAGCUGGCCUUGGUGUGAAGGUGUCUGUUACUGAUCAAGGUGAAACAUCUGAUCUGAAAUCUGGUAUGCUGCAUGAAAGGGAAGAGAACCAUGUACAGAUUUCUGCUUCAUUUUCUUAUGCAUAAUGAAGCUGUCUUAACUGUCUGCAUGCCAGUCUUCUUACCUAUUUCUGUUGGACACUAGAUGAGGUGAUUGUUGCCUCUCUCUGGAAGCACUGAGUAAAGCUGUGUAAGCAAAUACAUGGAUUUCUAAAGAGUUUACAAAAAUUCUGCUCUCUAUCCUCAUUUGAGUUGUCUGGAUUUUUCCUGUCUGUCUAUGUUAUUGAAAGGACACUCAGUCUAUGUAGCCUGUUAGAAAAUUACCUUUUAAAAUUUGAUUUCUGCCUUAUUAAAAAUUCCUAUUCUUCUUGUCCAACAGAGGAAUUUAAGUUCUUUUUGUCUUUUGGGCAGAAAAGUAAAGAACUUACACAGAAAUGCUCCUAUACAGAGAGGUUGCAUCAAUUAUAUUAAGUUAAUUAUAAUAUCUUUCCAAAGACUAAGAAUGGACCUUUGAAAAUAUCUUUAAAUUUUGUAUGUACAAUUUAUAUUUGACAGAUGACUAUAGGUUUAGUCUAGCAUCAAUUACUAGACUGUUAGAUUACUACCCAGAGGCUGUUUCUAACAAGUCUGUUGAAAGUCUACAUAUUCAUCUUAAGCUGUGCUGGUUUUAUCUUUCCUAUUUGGGAAAUGGUGUCAUUUUUAUUAAGUCAAUUACAUGAAUUUUAUUAGUAUCUUCUUGUAUUCUAGAUUUGUAUAAUAUUUUGCUUUAAAUUUUAUGUGUACCAUGUUCAGCAGGCUUUGAUAAAAGAAUUGAAAGGAUCAAUGUUUUGUAAAUACUCAUCUUGUUCAACAGACUUUUUAAAUAAUAAAAAAAAAAUAUUUAAAAGGC